CCAUGUAAACAAAUAGGUGUCAGGAAUAAAAUAUUGGUGUUUUGUUAAACCAAAUUACGGUCGAUACCGAUAUAAAUUUUAGUGAUGACUGAUGAGCUUGUGAAAUCUGCAAAACGUUAAUUAUAGACAUGAAGUGUACAUGUAUGUAGGCUACUGCCUACUGGUGUGCGUAAAAAUUAAAUACAGUAUGUUUAAAAAUAAAUAUCGGAUAUGUCUAAAUAUAAAUAUUAAUAUUUAAAGAUAUUGCGAAUAACGGGGUGACAGAAACUUAGAAAGAAGAUUAUCAACCAUGGCGUCUUUAGCUAAUUUUUUCUCUCAAAUGUUUUCAAAAAAUGAAAACAUCCCGGAAGCUGAAUUAAUCAAAAAGCCGGGCACAGGGAAUCUUAAACCUGACAUAAACGCUCACAAACCUGACCAGGCAUGGAGCAAGUUAAAGAAUCAGCAGAACAUGGCGAACGUGGCAUCACUGAAACCAGGGAUGCCAAUGCGAGAGGAUCGGAUACGGUUUGUGUGUAUCUCUGACACCCAUGCGCAGCUGGAGCGGGGUGCGCCCCUUGAGAUACCCCAGGGGGAUGUACUCAUCCAUGCCGGAGACCUCACUAUGAGUGGGGAGCCGAGAGAGGUGGCUAUUGUCAACAAAUACCUCGGCACUCUCCCCCACAAGCACAAGAUUGUCAUUGCGGGAAAUCAUGACAUGACCUUUGAUUCCGAAUUCAUGGCCAACAAGCACAAGUCUCGGUUCUUCACUUUUGACAGCAAUGACAGCUAUCAACAGGACCUGGCCAAGUACGGCGUGAAACACAUCCAGAACAUGCUCAGCAACUGUACAUACAUCGAGGAUUCAAUGGUUCAGAUUUAUGGCAUAAACAUCUAUGGAAGUCCGUGGACGGUAGGUUCCGGGUCCUGGGGUUUCCAGCGGGCGCGAGGCAGCGGAAUUGUGUCCAUAUGGAACCAGAUUCCCACCAACACUGAUAUCCUUAUAACACACAUGCCUCCCCUUGGUUACGGAGACAGUGUACAGGGGACACUUUCCGUCGCCCGCCUGAAGCCUCUUUUUGGCAUCCCUCCGAUGGGACUCAAAGACCACGUGGGCUGCGUAGACCUGCUCAGGACCGUCCAGUCACGUGUCAAACCCACCUUGCACGUGUAUGGUCACAUACAUGAAGGUUACGGGAUGCGGACGGACGGCACGACAACUUUCGUGAAUGCAUCCAUGUGCACAUUGAAGUAUCGCCCCAUCAAUCCGCCCCUCGUGUUUGACUUCCCGCUACCGCCCGGCGUCACCAAACAGGACUUCAUGGAUUCUCCGUUGAAGUGGGUGAUCCCAACCGAGUGUGGGGAGGACUAUGAGCUAGUCGGUGAGAACGAGGCUGAGGGCAGGUGUGGGGAUAUUGACAACCGUGUGGAUAAAAACACUAAAGGAGCAGGGGAGAGUUAUGAUGAUAAUAAUGUAGAAUUUGUCGAUGAAGACAAGGCUACCGGGGCUGAGGGCAGCGUUGACAACAGUGAUUGUGAUGUUGAUGAAGCUGAUGCCGCUGGGCGAGAAUGCAGUCAGUGACGGGGAUGUGGAAUUUGUUGAUCUGUAUGGUACCAAAGAGAUAAAAGGGCAAGCCGACAGUAAAAUUGAGGUAGACUGUGUUGUGUCGCGGGGCAAUGAAGAUGCAAAAGGAUGAAGUAAAUGUGAAUUGUGAUCAUACUAGUAUAUGGUAUUGCAACGAGAGUGAUAUUAAAAAGGACUAUAUGGAAUGUGUUGGUCUGGGUUGCAACAUAGGGUUCUACUCAUUAUCAUAAGAUUAACUUGACAGUUAUACUGUAAACAGUAAAUAUCCGAUUGAUACUGAUGAAUGUUAACGCAAAUUAACACAUGGUUAUAAUUGUGGUUAAAUUAUGGUGUAGCCAUCAAAGGAAAUAUGAUGUAAUUCAGUAAUGAUGUAUACACUAUAGUGUUUGUCGAUGCAUUUAAUAGGCACAUCUCAUACAAGGGGACUUGACAAAAUGGUUAAUCCAAGACAUUCAUUGAACAUUUUCAUGAUCCGUCCAAUUUGCAUCUCCAAAAUAUCCAGCAACUGCAAGCCUUUUCACAUGCAAACACAGACAAUAGCAGAGCUAAAGGUUGAUCCUUCCUCAGAUGUGAUUACUGGUAUGAAGCAUAAGAAUGCACACAUGUAUUGUACCUGGGACCAAAAGCAUAGUAACACUCCAAGAUUGUAACGAUGUGUAUGUGUUGUUUUUAAAUCUCUUCAGCUUCUUUCAAAAGGAAAGAAAAACAAAAUGUACAAGCUUUAAACGCGGUGUAUGUUCAUCAGGGAAUAAUUCCAGAUGUUUACAACAUAUUGUAUUUUGUUAACUGUUUAUGUACAUGUAUACUUUUUAUACGCAUACAUACUACUCUGUGAUAAACAUACAUUUUAUAUCAACUGUGAGAUAAUUAAUUUUAAAUAAAUAUUUUAAUAUGUUA